AUGUUUAAAAUAUUACAGGAAGAGGUCUAUAUUUGUACUGGAGUAUUUUUACACCUGAGUGUCCUCAGUCUUAAGGUUCGAGCAGGUGGAAACCAGUCAGGAAGAGGCAGGUGGGGGCUCCGGCCGGUCCACACCCCAGGGGCCACCAGCUCAGGGCAGGCCGAGGCGGCCCCUCGAGGCCCAGGGGCGGAGGCUCCACAGGAAGCCCGACGGCCUGAGGUCAGGAGGCUUCUGCGGCCGUGUGGGUGGAGGGUGGCAGUGAGGCGCAGGCCCAUGAGGCCCGCGGUCACCGGGAAGGCCGCUGGUGCCGAUCCUCCAGGACCCAGCAGGCGCCCCCCUGCGAGCAGUGUCCCCACGCGGGUGGGCACACCCCAUCCCGUGGCACACAGGUGGGGAUGCGCUGUCACCUGUUCCCACGGCACAGGCUGA